AUGUUUCCCCGCCUGCUGCGUCCGCCGUCGCUCCCCGCGUCCCGCAGAGCCUACUCCUUCUUCUCCUCAAAGUCCGGCGGCGGCCGCUACUUCAACUCCGCAAAGCCCCCCAAGGCCGUCGCUCCCGCCGCAGUCAGGCCGUCCGACCCCGAUGCGAAGCCCGCCCCAGACGAUCCGUCCGCCUCUGCGUCCUCUGCCGCGCCCGCCCAGCAGCCGGCAGCGGCAGCACCCGCCCUGACCCACGCCCACAAGCCCGCAGAUGCGCCCUCGUCCGCCUCCGCGCCUUUGCCCUCGCCCUUCCACCCUUCCACCCUCUUCUCCCCACAGCAGCCCUUCCACCCCCAGCUCUCCCCGCACGACCUCAAGCUUCACCAGUUCUUCUCCCUCCACCGCCCGCUCUUCCUCAACACGCCCCCCACCGCCCUCUUCGACCCCACCCCCGCCGCCUCCCUCACCGGCCCACCCCGCUCCCCCGCCUCUGACGCAGACGCCGACGCCGACGCCCGCGCAGAGCUCGCAGCCCUCGACGACCCCCCCGAGGCGUCCCUCGAGGCAGACGCAGACGCCGCGCGCCAGCUCGCCCGCGCCCUCGUCAUCAACUCCGUCGGCGCAGCCAUCGCAUGGGACGACACCCUCCGCCGCCUCGGCAUCCCCACCGACCAGAUCCCCCUCGACCCCGCCGCAGCAGCCGCACACAUCCGCGCCGACAGCACGAAGCGCAAGCGCCGCAAGAAGAUGAAGAAGCACAAGUGA